AUGAAGCCAGGCUGCCCUGGUGUGGCUUUGACCGGUCUGACGGUGGCAGAAUACUUCCGCGACGAGGAGGGACAGGACGUGCUGCUCUUCGUGGACAACAUCUUCCGCUUCACCCAAGCGGGCUCCGAGGUGUCAGCCCUGCUGGGUCGUAUCCCAAGUGCCGUCGGUUAUCAGCCAACCCUGGCCACUGACUUGGCGUCUUUGCAGGAACGAAUUACCACCACGCAGAAAGGAUCCAUCACCUCUGUGCAGGCGGUCUACGUGCCGGCGGAUGACUUGACAGAUCCGGCCCCCGCCACCACCUUCGCACACCUGGAUGCCACGACGGUCUUGUCGCGUCAGAUCGCAGAGUUGGGCAUCUAUCCUGCCGUGGAUCCGCUGGACUCCACGAGCCGAAUGUUGGACCCGUCCAUCGUGGGUCAGCGGCACUACGACAUCGCUCGCAGCACGCAAAAGAUCCUCCAGGACUACAAGUCUUUGCAGGACAUCAUUGCCAUUCUCGGUAUGGAUGAGUUGAGUGAAGAAGAUAAGCUGACCGUGGCACGAGCACGCAAGGUGCAGCGCUUCCUGUCGCAGCCCUUCUUCGUGGCGGAGAUCUUCACUGGAACCCCGGGCGCCUUCGUGGACUUGGAGACCACGAUCAAUGACUUUGAAGAAGUGCUCUCAGGUAACUGCGAUGACAUCCCCGAGGCGGCCUUCUACAUGAUCGGCGGCAUGUCUGACGUCCGGGAGAAAGCGGCGAAGCUGGAAGUGGACGGCUGGUGGAAGCUAGCGGCUGGGCUUUUGAGCGAUCGCAGGGUCGUGGCACACGGGUGGGGCAGCGAGGUGGCGCAGGCGAGCGUGUCGCACAGCGAGCGCGUGCUCCCAUUGCUCCUGUCUCCCGGAGCUGCGCAGAACGCGUUCUCGAGCGAGGGCAGCAAGCUGUCUUAUCCCUGUUGUGCCAGUCUGCGUGACAGCGUGGAUCCCCCCGCCGGCGCGUCCGGUAUCAACCCCGACUUGUUGCUGCUUUGCUUUUGCGACAAACUUAAUCGCGAGCCCUUUUGCUCAGAGACCUUGCCUUUUGCCCCGCGGAGGGUGCCCAGCCUACCCGCCUUAGCCCGCGCGGCUGAACUUGCGAGGAAAAAGGCAAGGGAUUUUCCGUUAAGCGCAUGCCAUGCCGCUGAUAAUCUGGCUGCGAGUCUGUGCCCGACCUGGCCAAACGCGGGCUGCAAUUUGCCAACGUCCGACGCUGAGACACUUCAAGCGGCCGGCCAGGUUGGCCGCGCCAACUUGGCCACUUCGCGGGAUGAACUGCAGGAGCUUCAACGGCAAGUGGCCGCUGUGGGCACUGAUGCGUUGAUCGCAGGCGCCGAACUUCAGGACCUAUGCCGCCUUUCGCGGGUUUUAUCCAGUUCGCUGACGCCGUUGGAGGGCCGCUUCUUCGAAAUGCUCGGAGAGAAGGUGAUGAAGACACCAGAUGCGCAUCCGGAUGCCUUCGCGCACUUUGCCUUGGCAGCUGCGGAGGCAGGCCACUUGGAACUUAGCCAACAAAUCGUGGAGUCGCUCUGUUUGGGUGGGGCUACUGUGUUUGGAGGCUCUGGUGCGAGUGCCUUGGCAUUAAGUGCCGCAGCCACUGGCGCCCUGAGGGCGCCCCUGUUCGAGGCAUUGAUCCGCCGCUGCUCUGUCCAGGAGAUGGAUUUGACCGCGGCGCAGUUGGGAGAUUUGCGACUUUGCGCACUGCUAGCAGCAGAUGUGCUGGAGCAGUGUGAUAGCCACACAAUCAGUUUCCUGCGAACCAUGUGCAAGGACGUGCUCCUAGCAACCCGGCACCGCAAACGACGGACCUUGAUCACGCAUCGUUGACGGUGAACAUGUCUCACCCAGUCACUCGGUCAGGGCCGUCUGGGCCGUUGUUUCCCAGGUUUUCACUGGUUCAUCAUGAUUUCCCGCCUUGGCAAGAGAACGAUGAGGCAUGAUCAGAGUGCACAUAUAUGACUGUCCCUAGGGCUCCAAGUACCUCCUCAG